AUGCUAGAACUGCUCCAAGUUUCAGCUCCAAAGGAUGACUUGCUGGAAAACCAGGACAGCAUUUUACAGCCUCCAAUAACACCAGAGAAACAGCCCCCUCCAGCCUCUACCCUCUCACCAGACACGUUAUCCCUAUCUCCAGCAUCUCCACAGCAUCUUAUGUGCUCCUCAGAACAAAUGGAAAAACUGGUGUUUGCUGGAACCAAACUAUCUGCAAGCCCCCAGACAUCAACCAAAAAACGGCAGGCCCCAAAACCACGAAAGCCUGCGGGCCCAGCUCGCUCUCCGCUUGUGAGAGCUCUUCGGCCUCUGCAAAAACGCCAGGGCCCACACCCUCCUCCAUCGGCUCGAGUUAAGUGCAUCCUUGUACUCAUCUCACACUCUCAAGACUUUCUUAAUGGCGUGUGCAUGAACAUCAUUCAUCUCCACCAGAGGAAGCUCAAGUACUACACUGGUAACUAUGACCAGUAUGUGAAGACCAGGGAGGAACUGGAAGAAAACCAGAUGAAGCGGUACAACUGGGAGCAGGACCAGAUAGCUCACAUGAAGAGCUAUAUCGCCCGUUUUGGUCACGGCUCUGCAAAGCUAGCUCGCCGGGCUCAAAGCAAAGAAAAAACACUGCAGAAAAUGGUGGCCUCUUGCCUAACAACUCGUGUCGUAAAUGAUAAGAGCUUGUCGUUUUAUUUUCCCCCUUGUGGGAAGAUCCAGCCUCCUGUCAUCAUGGUGCAGAAUGUCAGCUUCAGAUGCAGUGACACAACGCCUCAUUUUAUUUAUAAGAACUUGGAGUGUGGCAUUGACCUGGACACACGAGUUGCACUUGUGGGUCCCAAUGGGGCAGGGAAGUCCACACUUCUCAAGCUACUAAUGGGAGAGCUUCUCCCCACAGACGGAAUGAUAAGAAAGCAUUCACAUGUCAAGAUUGGCAGGUAUCACCAGCAUCUGACUGAGCAGCUAGAGCUUGACCUGUCUCCUCUGGAGUACAUGAUGAAGUGCUUCCCUGAAAUCAAAGAGAAAGAGGAGAUGAGGAAGAUCAUUGGACGUUACGGCCUGACAGGGAAGCAGCAGGUCAGUCCCAUCAGGAACUUGUCAGAUGGCCAGAAGUGUCGGGUGUGUUUUUCCUGGCUCGCAUGGCAGAAUCCCCACAGGCUGUUUCUGGAUGAGCCAACUAAUCACUUGGACAUUGAGACAAUUGAUACUCUGGCUGAGGCCAUGAGUGAGUUUGAGGGUGGAAUGAUGCUAGUUAGCCACAACUUCAGACUUAUUCAGCAGGUGGCUCAGGAAAUUUGGGUUUGUGAGAUGCAGACCAUCACCAAAUGGAAUGGGGACAUUUUGGCUUACUUGAAGUCAAAACUUGACAAACAGACUCAUGAUAUAUAAAAAUCCAUUAGCUGGACAGACAAGCUUUUCCAUCAUGGAUUGAUUACCCUCCUCUAUUUCCCAGAUGUGCAUGACUGAUGGAAUUUUGAAUCGGACAGUGAACUCCAGUUUCUCAGCUGUUGUGGAUUGCAUUCCAUUUUACUGUCAUCUAGGAUUGUUGACAACUUAAAAUCAAUCAUUAAGCAUUCCCUGGUCUUAUAUCUUUUAAUGCACCUCUCAUUUCCCAGCAUCAGCACGUCUGUUUUAUUUAAUAUUGUAAAGGCAAUAAUGGUUUAUUGGAAUGAAUAAAUUUGAUUAUGUUGUUGGAGAACAGUAGAAUUUUCAGAAUAUCCUACAUCAAAACAACGUAUGGUGCUCA